AUUUAAGCAUAUAAGUGCCGAACAUUUUUGAACGGCAAUCAUUAAAACUCCCGUAUCAGUUUCGUUUAGUCCUAUAUCAGUUUUGAAGCACACAAUGAAAUUUCUAGGAGUAAUUUUGAUUAUGUUACAGGUAUAUUUCAGCAACGGAGAGGAAGCUCACUGUUCUAGAUACCACUACGAGGAGCAAACAUUAGCUAAAAUAGUUAGGAUGGAGCACAGGCUGGAAGAGUUAGAAAAACGCAGAGAUGCUGACCUGACCAAUAGACACUGUCCGGACGGAUGGGUCACAUUUCAAGGAUCAUGCUAUUUGUUUUCUCAAGCUGACGUCAGCUUUUUUGAUGCUGAGGUGCUAUGUAGUCAGACUGGUGGGCACCUCGUACGAGUCGAAAGCGAAGUAGAGAAUAACUUCGUUAAACAUUACCUGAAACAACUGAAAAGUAAGAAAUUAUUGAACUAUUUGAUUUCUGAAAAUACUGAUAUACAAUCAAACCUGUCCACAAAAUGCACCUUUUCUGCCAUUUCGUUCAGGGCUGGUAUUCACUAAGCCCCUAAGGGAAAA